CCACCCGCCCCCCCCGCCCGCGUCCCCCGCUCGCCCUGGCCGCUCGCGCAGCUGCUCGGCUCUCGCUAUAUAAAGGGGCGAAGCGGGCAGAGCGGGCGGCUGGCGGCGGCGGCUGCAGCCCCAGGGCCGGCGAGAGAGGCCGGGCCAGGCCGCGGGGCUGCCCGUGAGCCGGGGCGGGACGCGCGGGCUCUGGGGGAACGCAGCCGGGCAGGUUUAUUGUUUUAGGGGCGACUCCCCCCCCCUGCGGUUGGGGGCGUCCCGGGGGGCUCGGGACAUGGCGAGCUCGACUAACACAAACCCCGUGCCUAAGUUGUACAGGUCUGUAAUUGAAGAUGUCAUCAAUGAUGUCAGAGAAGUUUUUCUGGAUGAAGGAGUGGAUGAACAAGUUCUUGUGGAACUCAAAACACUGUGGGAGAACAAGCUGAUGCAGUCCAAGGCUGUAGAUGGCUUCCAUUCAGAAGAGCAGCAGCUUUUGUUGCAGGUGCAACAGCAACAGCAGCAGCAACAACAACAGCAGCAUCAUCACCACCACCAUCACACACAACCUCAGCCACAGCAGACUGUGCAGCAGCAGUCUCAGCCACAACAGGUCCUUAUUCCAGCAUCUCAGCAAGCACCUCAGCCGCAGGUUAUUGUGCCAGAUUCCAAGCUGAUACCACACAUGAAUGCAUCAGGCAUGAGUGCUGCAGCCACAGCAGCUACGUUGGCACUCCCUGCUGGUGUUACGCCUGUUCAGCAGAUACUUACAAAUUCAGGCCAGAUCCUCCAAGUAGUUAGAACUGCAAAUGGAGCACAGUAUAUCAUUCAACCACAGCAGCCAGUUGUUCUACAACAGCAGGUCAUACCACAAAUGCAGCCUGGUGGAGUACAAGCACCUGUUAUACAGCAGGUUUUGGCACCUAUCCCGGCAGGGAUUUCCCAGCAGACAGGAGUGAUUAUUCAGCCUCAGCAAAUCCUGUUUACAGGAAAUAAAACACAAGUCAUACCUACAACAGUGGCUGCCCCUACACCAGCUCAAGCACAGAUUCCUGCGGCUGGUCAGCAGCAACCACAACAACAACAGGCACAACCACAAGCACCGCUUGUUCUUCAAGUUGAUGGAGCAGGGGACACAUCAUCUGAAGAAGAAGAAGAUGAGGAAGAAGACUAUGAUGAUGAUGAGGAGGAAGACAAAGAAAAAGAUGGGGGUGAAGAUGGCCAAGUGGAAGAGGAGCCUCUUAACAGUGAAGAUGAUGUGAGUGAUGAGGAAGGACAAGAACUGUUUGACACAGAAAAUGUUGUUGUGUGCCAGUAUGAUAAGAUUCAUAGAAGUAAAAACAAAUGGAAAUUUCAUCUCAAAGAUGGCAUCAUGAAUCUUAAUGGAAGAGAUUAUGUAUUUUCCAAAGCCAUUGGGGAUGCAGAAUGGUGAAGUUUUAAAAGACAAAAAACUCCCUGUAAAAGGAAAAAAAUCAAAAGCAGGAAAGGUUGAGACUUGGACAUAUACUCCAAUCAAAAUGUGUAUCUGCACACCAGACAUAAUAACAAAAGUAUUGGAACAAAGGUAAAGUGUGGCAACAAAGACACUACUUGAGAUGAGCAAGCCAUGGACUGUAGCAGCUAUAGCAUUGUCUAGGAGCUGGUUUUGUGUGUUAGGAAUACCUUAAUUAUCAAUUCUACAUACAGGUACCUACAGCUGGUAUUUAGCAUGUAAGGCUUUGUUCCCCUCCCGCCCGCCCCUUCUUCCCUUGAUUUAAGAUUUUAAAAUACUUCUUCCACUGAUUGAAGGAACUCUUCCCUUUGAUAGAUUAUUAAUCUGAAAAUGCUUAUUGUGUGUACAAAUCUUUGCUUUGAACACUUCCUUUUGGUAGUGAGGAUGGUCAGAAUGUUACUUAAACUGCGUGCAAGCUUUGUACAGAAGGGUAAGAAUUUAAGGUGUUAAAUUUUAAAUAACUUGUAUAAGGAAAAUAUUUUUAAUUCUGAUAUGCUCAUUAAUUAUUAUAAUAUCUAUUUGUUGUUUUCAAUUCAGUUCCUCAUAAACAAAUGGUUGUUCCUAGCAGUUACAAAAUGGUAAAAUGAUCAUUUAUAUUUCAAAAUUAUUUUACUUUCAUGUAAGUGAUACUCUUUAUUUAGGGGUGUAUUUUUAAAUACUAAGCACCUGUAGCUCCCCCCCCCCCCCCCCCGAUGAAAGUCAGAUUGCUUAACUUGUUAAUUCUUGCUGUUUGGUGGUGAUUCGACAUCACUGAACUGAAACAAAUAAUAUAGUUUUCAUUGUUUUUUUUUUUAAUUAUUAUAAAGGCUUUGGGAUACCUUUUGGAUCAAACUUGUAGGUAAUGGCAUAAUAGAUUAAUUUCUUCACCUGCUUACUACAUAUGUGGUUCAGACAUUCGCAAAUAAUUCAACAGACCACAAGAAUGACUAAAUUUUUACUACAGAAAGUCACAUGAAAAUUCUAACAUCCUGGCUGCAACUAUUAGUCAAAGAUCUGCUUUACUAAAAAGCAUAGCUGUAAGUUACCUGCAGCAGUUAAUCUCUCUAAAGUUUCCAGGUGGCAUGUAGUUCAAUGAAGAGAGCUGCACAGCUUUGAGAACAUACGUUUUGUUAGCGUAUCUUUAGACUGUCUUGGUAAGAGAAAAUCGAGCAGUCAGAUGCACUAAACCUUGUGUAGUCACUUUUUCACUUGCCUUUUCCAGGUUUUGUGAUGAUUUUUGUUGAUUUUUUUUUUUCUGUGAAAAGCAACAAGGUUGCUCCCCCCUCCUUCCCUUCUCUCCUGAGAAGCGAACACCUUUUCUUCAUGUAUAGGUUGUUCUUGUAGACCUUGCUUUUGGAAGUGCAGUUACUUUCGAAUGAGGAGAGGGAAUGGGCAUUAUACUUCAGAACUGUUGAGGAAGUGAUGUUCACGUAGCUCACCAUUUCAAAAAAAAAAGUUUCAUUGGGUGCUUGGCAAGAUGAUAAAAAAAGGAUACAGCAAAGGAAUUUUUGUCAAAAUUGGUAAAGGAUUUUUGGAAGCAGACAUUUAAACCACGAUUUCUGAGUUUUUUGGUUUGAGCAUGAAACUUUUUAGACACUUAACAAAGUCACAAAUGUAUUUUGUCAGUAUGUAACUCUACUUUUCAUUUGCUCUGAUUUACAUGCCUCCAAGUGCAUUCAUAAUCUCAGUAAUGUGUAGAAAACUGAAAACACAUUGUUACGAAGAUUUUUUUCUUGGGUGUGAUUCUUGUACACCUGUGCUGUCAUUGAUGCAGACUAAAACUGCCUGUAGGCUGUGUCAAGAGCCAUAUGGUUGGUUGGUAGUAAUCAAUCUGCACACAUAAGCUUUAUGAAAAGUUAGCUGAUCUUUUGUAAUGGAGUCAUUUAAAGUGCAUUUUUGGCUUGGGGCUUCAAGAUAUCUCAGACUGAUUGGUGUUUGCUUUCUUCAGAACAAAGCAGAUACUUUAUUUUUAGGUUUUUUACCACUAGUAACACUUCUAUAUACAACUGCAAUGAAAUCAGCAAUGUACCAACUAAAUAUUUACCUCACCUUUUCCAUAUCUGUUACCAGUAAGUCUUAAGUCAUGGGCUUCAGGAAAAAAAAUCCAUAACCCUGCAUAACCAAAUCAAUAAAAGGAAGAAAAAUCUCUUUAGCUACAGAUUCCCAUUUAUACUACUGGAACCCAGAGUACUUUUACAACACUUUGUUUUCAUGAUUUUUCUUUUUUUUUACCCACAAACAUAUAGUAGAAGCUGCAUAGCCUUUUUAUUUAUUUUUAAGGGAUAGCAGAACUUUAAAGGUAACUUAAGCUUAGCCUGUUCUGAAGGAUGCUAGAAGCUUUCUGAACUUGCACAGUCUCUUGCAAGCUAAUUAUAUGGUAUGCUUUUCAGAUAAGUUUUGUCUUCAAAUACAGAUGUGUGUGAAGCUUUCAGAAAGCCAGUCAAACACAAACAUACCAAACUGUGCUCUUAUUGCUACGUCAAGUGUUCCUUUUUUAAAUUAAAAAGCAUGUUUUAAUUUCA